AUGAUCACGGUUGGAUUUACAUCCGCUCCCAAAUUUGUCUCCUCAGUUCCGCCAAAGCUGAUGCCGUUCCAGUUUAUGAACACGGUUUUGCGGGAAGGAAUGCGGGCGGCGGUGUCCUGCCAACUCCUCGAGGGCGAUCGACCCAUCGAUCUCGUUUGGGAAUUCGAAGGGAAACCAAUCUCGGGAGGAGUGACAAAGGGUAUUAUGAUUCGAGUUCCGGACGAGUAUUCCUCAACAUUGGUGAUCGACUUGCUUUCUUCCGUGCAUAACGGGAAAUACACCUGCAUCGCGGAAAAUUCGGCGGGACGGGAACACUAUUCUUCCGAGCUUACGGUACAAAGCAUGCAGCCGGGCGACUACAAGGACAUUUUUCCCCCCACCGGAAACUCGUCCCCCUUCACUAAUGGGACCGUUAGAUUCGACCAAGUGCGAAAAUCGGACGAGGGGAAUUAUCUGUGCGAGGCGAGAAACGACGUGGGCUCCGGCCUCUCCAAAGUCAUCUUCCUCAAAGUUAACGUAAGGGUUUCAGCACCGGCCAAAUUUAACACUGAAGAACAAUCAGCAAACUCCCUGAUUUCCGUGCGCGUCGGGGAGAAAGCGAUUCUUGGCUACCGAGUCGGUGGCGACCUUCCAAUUCUGAUCGAAUGGGGCAACAAACACGGCAAAAUUGGGCCACAUUCGAAUCACAGCUACACAUUUCGCCAGCAAGAAUUGGAGGAUGGUAUUUUAUCCGAAUUGUUGAUAGCCUCCGUUGACCGGAGCGAUUCUGGAGCUUAUUCUUGCCGAGCUUCCAACCCGUUCGGGUCAGAUCACACCAUCGUCUCGCUCAAGGUGCAAGAGCCCCCGGAGCAGCCGGGUAAUUUGCGCGUGGUCGAGGUGGGGAGCCGGUCGGUGGGGAUUUCCUGGCUGGAAAACUUCAACGGGAACAGCCCCCUCAUCAACUUCAUCAUUCAGAGCAAGUUCCCCUCAGAAACCUGGACCGAAGCCGAAGUCGAAGAACUCGCCGUUCCCGCGACCCAAUCCACCGCGCUCGUUGAAGGCCUCACCCCUUCGUCGACUUAUCAUGUCCGCGUCCUCGCCCAAAACGGGGUCGGCUUCAGCCCCCCCUCGGAAGUCGUGCAGGUCACCACGACCGAAGAAGCCCCCGAAGGCCCGCCCAUCGAAAUCGUGGCGGAAGCGGAUUCCUCCACGAGACUGAGGGUCCGUUGGGCCCCGCCGGAAAGGGCGCUCUGGCACGGGCAGAUUUUAGGCUACUAUCUCGGCUACCGAGAACUCUCCCUCGCUCUGGCGGAUCACCCCGUGCUGCUUUCACGAGAGGAUGGAAAUGAAGGUGUAGAAAUAACGGGUGAAAAUGGGAGGAGCUUGCUUCAUUCACAUUUACACAGAAAUUUGGCCGAUUUACAUGGAUAUCAUUUCAAAACGGUGGAGGUUCCAAUUCGCAAAGGCUUCAAAUAA